UUGCUUGAUACCGGUUACACAAUAACUAAAAUUGUCGUUUUGAAAUCUGUCUAACUAGUUCAAUGAAAUUUGAGAGUUGAGACUGUUGGUAAUCUUUUAUUGUCAAUCUGUUUUGACCGUGUACUUAUGCAGUGUAUUAUAAUACCCACAUCGAGAAUAAGACAAAAGGAGCAUGAACUUUACAGCUUAUUCUGUUCUUUUUGGAUUUUUAUGUUUAGUGCUCAAUCCAUGUGGUGUACAUGUUACACUCUUUUUUCUUAAUUGCUUAUAAUCAGAAUGGGUGCAUCUUAUUAUGCCCCUCUUUAGCUCAUCACCAUCCUUUCUGACUUGAAAAAACUUUAUAAUUAGUGCGUGUCUUCAUUUCUUAUUCACCUGCUCUGUUGUAGAACUGAAACAUACACAAAAGCUGCUGCCUAAUACACCAGAAAUCACGUGAAAGAUAAAAAGCUUUGAAAUUCCCCUUGGAGAAGUUUGAAGGGCAUAAGCAAUUAAGGUGCAAAGGACCUAAGAUGGAGCUCUCUCUAACACAACCUGAUGAUUGGCAUCUUCAUCUCCGUGAUGGCGACCUUCUUGAAGGGGUUGUCUCUCACAGUGCAAGUCAUUUUGGAAGGGCAAUAGUGAUGCCGAAUCUGAAGCCCCCUGUCACCACCACAGCUGCUGCUGUGGCUUAUCGAGAAUCGAUCUUGAAGGUUCUGCCUGUCAAUAGCAACUUCACUCCACUUAUGACACUUUAUUUGACGGAUAAAACAAACCCAGAAGAGAUCAAGCGUGCUAGAAGAAGUAAUGUUGUUUUUGCUGUGAAGUUGUACCCUGCUGGUGCUACGACAAAUUCUCAAGAUGGGGUUACAGAUCUUUUUGGCAAAUGUCUACCCGUGCUUGAGGAGAUGGCUGAACAAAACAUGCCUUUGUUGGUUCAUGGGGAGGUUACGGAUACCAACGUUGACAUAUUUGAUCGUGAGAAGGUAUUUAUUGAGACUGUUUUAAAACCUUUAGUCCAGAGGCUUCCUCAGCUGAAGGUAGUGAUGGAACAUAUCACUACCAUGGAUGCUGUUAGGUUUGUGCAGUCCUGCAAAGAAGGAUCUGUAGCCGCAACUGUUACUCCACAGCAUCUUCUUCUCAACAGAAAUUCCCUCUUUCAAGGAGGAUUGCAGCCACAUAAUUACUGCCUUCCAGUACUCAAAAGAGAGAUCCACAGAGAUGCUAUUGUUGCCGCUGUGACUAGUGGAAGCAAAAGAUUUUUCCUUGGAACUGAUAGUGCUCCUCAUGAGAGACGAAGGAAAGAAUGUUCUUGUGGAUGUGCUGGUAUAUACAAUGCUCCAGUUGCCUUAUCACUGUAUGCAAAGGUCUUUGAAGAUGCAGGUGCGCUUGACAAGCUAGAGGCGUUUACAAGCUUCAAUGGACCAGACUUCUACGGGCUUCCAAGAAACACAUCAAAAAUUAAAAUGACCAGGACUCCAUGGAAGGUACCAGAGUCUUUCUCCUUUUCUUUUGGAGAUAUCAUUCCAAUGUUUGCGGGCGAAACACUUGAGUGGCAGCCAUCCUUCAUGUAAUUUAAAUUUUAUUGAUUUUGGUAUUUUGUUGUCUCUUAUUUAUCUUUUUUAAAUAGACUGGUGUAAUGGAAUUAUGACUUCAUGAAACUUUUUCUGGUUAAAAUUAGAAGUGGACCAAAUUUGGUCCUCUUUGAAGUUAUAAUGUACUAAAAAGUUAAUUUUUAAAAAGAAAGAAACGCUUUGAGUCUA